CACACAGUGGUUAAGUCAGCGGUACAGUCAGGAUUUAAACCCUAUUCCACAAGUGUGCUUAGACUGCUUAACCACAGCUGUCCCCAUCGUGCCUAUGGCUAAAAAACCCUGCCGUGUGUAGUAUGGAGUCCCUCCAGGCUAGUGGAAUAGAGGAGUGAGGUCAGUGGUAGCUGUGAUGUCACAGAAAGAUGUAUUCUAGAGUGGCAGCAGAGCGAGUCAGCUGGCGUGACCUGACCAGCUCUACAAAGGUAUAUAAAAAGGAAAUUCUGUGACACAAUGAAUUAGGAAAGGAAGAAAUCGUACUGCGAGCAAUGGAAACUAGGAUGUCUUUGAUUUCCGCCAUGCAAGAGACUCAACAUCUAUCCCAGGAGAAGGGUCAAAGUCCAGCCAAUGGGAACAGAGAACAGUUUGAUUCAGACGACGGUUCCAGCGCGGAGGAGACCGACUUUAACUGGGAUGAGUACUUGGAAGAAACGGGAGCAAGUGCUGCUCCCCACACCUCGUUCAGACACGUUGAAAUCAGCCUUCAGAGCAGUUUCCAGCCAGGGAUGAAGUUGGAAGUGGCCAACAAGAACAGUCCGGACACCUACUGGGUGGCUACAAUCAUUACAACUUGUGGGCAGCUCUUAUUGCUACGUUAUUGUGGCUAUGGAGAGGAUCGCAGGGCAGAUUUCUGGUGUGAUGUGAUGACAGCCGACCUUCAUCCAGUGGGCUGGUGUACACAGAAUAACAAGGUGCUGAUGCCUCCAGAUGCUAUCAAAGAGAAAUACGCUGACUGGACGGCAUUUCUUAUACACGAUUUGACAGGCUCCCGGACGGCACCUGCAAAUUUACUGGAAGGCCCUCUGCGAGGAAAAAACCCUGUAGACCUCAUUACAGUUGAUUCCUUAAUAGAGCUGCAGGAUUCUCAGAACCCUUUUCAGUACUGGAUAGUUAGUGUGGUUGAAAAUGUUGGAGGAAGAUUACGCCUUCGCUAUGUGGGAUUGGAGGAGACUGAAUCCUAUGACCAGUGGUUGUUUUACUUGGAUUGCAGACUUCGACCAGUCGGUUGGUGUCAAGAGAAUAAAUACAGAAUGGACCCACCUGCAGAAAUCUAUUCUCUGAAGAAUAUAUCUGAGUGGAAAUGCGCUCUGGAAAAAUCCCUUAAUGAUGCAGCAAAGUUUCCUCUUCCAAUGGAAGUAUUCAAGGAUCAUGCUGAUUUGAGGAGCCACUUCUUCACAGUGGGGAUGAAGCUGGAGGCAGUGGACAUGCAAGAGCCCUUUAAUAUCUGUCCUGCAUCAGUGACUAAGGUUUUUAACAAUCAUUAUUUACAAGUGACCAUUGAUGACCUGAGACCUGAACCCAGCAAAAUCUCAAUGCUUUGCCAUGCUGAUUCCUUAGGGAUCUUACCAGUACAAUGGUGCCUUAAAAACGGAGUCAAUCUCACACCUCCCAAGGGUUACUCUGGCCAGGACUUUGACUGGGCAGAUUAUCAGAAGCAAUGUGGAGCAGAGGCAGCGCCUCACUUUUGCUUUAGAAAUACGUCCUUCAGCCGGGGUUUUACUAAGAACAUGAAGCUGGAGGCUGUGAACCCCAGGAACCCUGCUGAAAUAUGUGUUGCUUCAAUCACCUCAGUCAAAGGAAGGCUAAUGUGGCUUCACCUGGAAGGAUUACAGAUGCCUGCUCCGGAGUAUAUAGUUGAUGUAGAGUCGAUGGACAUUUUCCCAGUUGGCUGGUGUGAAGCAAAUGCUUACAACCUCACGCCACCACACAAACCAGUUUUACGAAAGAAGAGGAAGAUUGCAGUUGUGCAGCCAGAACAGCAGUUGCCACCCACAGUGCCUGUUGAGAAAAUACCUCAUGACCUUUGCCCAGUUCCUCAGCCAGACACAACAGGUACCGUCAACGGGCGAUACUGCUGCCCCCAGCUCUUCAUCAAUCACCGCUGUUUCUCAGGUCCAUAUUUAAACAAAGGGAGAAUAGCAGAGCUACCUCAGUCGGUUGGGCCUGGCAAGUGCGUGCUCGUUCUUAAAGAGGUUCUUAGCAUGGUAAUCAACGCAGCUUACAAGCCAGGGAGCGUUCUCCGAGAACUGCAGCUAGUAGAAGACCCACAGUGGAAUUUUCAGGAGGAAACACUCAAGGCAAAAUACAGAGGGAAAACAUACAGGGCAACAGUCAAGAUUGUGCGAACGUCUGAUCAAGUGGCAGAUUUCUGCAGAAGAGUCUGUGCAAAACUGGAGUGCUGUCCAAAUUUGUUUAGCCCUGUGCUGGUCUCUGAAGUCUGUCCCGAGAACUGCUCCAUUCAUACCAAAACAAAAUACACCUAUUAUUAUGGGAAGAGGAAAAAAAUCAUCAAGCCUCCAAUUGGGGAAAAUAACAACAUGAAAAGUGGGCACAUCAAACCAGCAAGACGCAGAAAGCGGCGGAAAUCCAUUUUUGUGCAGAAGAAAAGGAAGCCAUCUGCUGUCGAUUUUAACGCUGUGGGAUCUGCAGAGGAAAGUGAAGAGGAGGAGCCAGAUGCUGUGGAAGAUGAGACAGGAAGUGAAGAAACCAGCUCAGAGCUACGCGAUGACCAGACUGACACCUCCUCCGCUGAGGUACCUUCAGCCCGGCCAAGAAGAGCAGUGACAUUACGAAGCAGCACAGAGUCAGACAGACCUCCUCCCACUGAGAGAGCUAGAAGGGGCCGCAAAACACAGUCUCUGUCAUACACUGAAGGAGAGAAGUGCACUCAACUCAAGGAAGAAAUAAAGCAAGAAGAGGAAGAGAAACUCGUCCUCGACAGCAAUCCAUUGGAGUGGACAGUGACUGACGUUGUGAGGUUUAUUAAACUGACAGACUGCGCUCCCCUUGCCAAAAUAUUUCAGGAACAGCUCACACUCCCAACUGUGCAAGAAUGCAUGGAGCUGAAACUUGGCCCAGCCAUCAAGUUGUGUCACCAGAUCGAGCGAGUAAAAGUUGCUUUCUAUGCACAAUACGCCAACUGACUCUGCUGCUCCUUGAAUUUCCUUCUCCUCUCUCUCUCUUUUAUUUUUAACGUCACAACUCCUUUGGGGUCCCCCCCCCCAAUGCUUGGAAUUAGAAGCUCCGACACACCUCCUGUUUAAAAAACAAAAACUCAAAAAAUAAUCCAAGCGGAAUGGAUAUUUCCAUAUUUGUAAAGCACAUUGAAGUAUUGCUGCCAUCUCUUCUUGAGAACCUUCCCAAAAGUGUUACAUUGUGGGGAGCAAGGCCGUAACAGAGCAGAAGGUUUUAUCAUUAAAAAAAAACGUUUUCCUACCAACAGCAAACACAUUCCAUAGGGACAAUGUUCAAGCCUUUAUAGCUGAUUGUGGUGUCUUGAGCUCAAUUGCUGGACAUAUACGAUCCCUUCAGUGAUGCCAACACACUUCUUUCAUAUUGAAAUGUGAGUGAUCAUUAUUAAAGUGACCCAUGCCGUCCUGCAACUUUGAUCCUAAUGAUCAAUGUGCUUUUUUUCUCUUUUCAGUCUUGCCAAGAAAGAGAGAUCACAGUGAGGCAAGAAGGCACACACUGUCGAGGGAUUUUUAAAAGGGAAAUCCAAACCACGCUCUCUGUUGUAUCAGUUACAAAUACAAUGAUUGACAAUAUGUGCAUCAAAGCACAUCAAAGCAAGUACCCAGGAACUUGUCCCAAGCCCAGUAUAGCUGUGUACAGUAAGCUGAUGUUCUUUGUGGUUGGAUCUGUACAGAACUUCCUUCAUUCUUGCCGUCGCGCCUGCAUGAAGUAUUUUAUAUUAAAGCCCAUUAAGUUGUAGCCAUUUAAUAUUUGAGGGCUGAGUUUGAUCCCCCGGAAGACAAGGAAAUUCAGAUUUGAGGAUGAGGUUUUGGAGCCAAGUCUGAUUUCAAUUUCACCUGCCUAAUCUGUUGAGGCAGGGGUGAGCAAAAAGCGGCCUGCGGGCCGGAGGCAAUUUGCCAGGGUUAGUCGGAUGCUUUUGUUACCUACGUGUCUGCGCCUAAGGCCUCUCUCAACUCCCAUUGGCCACGUCUUACUGUUCCCGGCCACUGGGAACUGCGGAAAGUGGCAUGGGCCAGGCUAUCUCUUUCCACAGCUCCCGUAGUCUGAGAACAGUGAACUACAGCCAGCGGGAGCUGCAGGAGGCUAAGUGCAGGUAAAUAAAGCAUCCAGCAACCCACCGGGUCUAGUGAACCAUGUUCAGCCCAGACACUACUUAUUGCCCACCCCUUUGUUGAGGUCAGCAGAAUCACCUGGAUUUAUGCUGGGGUACAUGAGAUCGGAAUUUCAGCCCAAUUUCAGCUGUGAGGGGUGUGAAUUUACACUAGUUGAGGAUCUGGCCCAACCUAUCCUUUUGUACCUAUGUCUAGCAAGGUCCAGACACACUCAUAUGCACCAGCUGUUCUGUGUUUCUCCAGUCAGUGCAACUAAUGCAAAAUAACUGGACAGUUCCAGAGAACCUGGCCCAGGGCAGCCGUGUGGUGAGGAUAAAGAGUUGAAUAAAACACCAGGAGUUUGGGCCAGGAUUUUUCCUUUUCUCAUGUGCUCCCACCACCCCCUGCCUCAUUGGGCCUGGUAUAACUCCGGACUAACUCCACUGAGGUCAGUACCUUUGUGAAACUGCCGAAAGCAGGAUUAGAAUCAAGACCAAGAUUGUGUGAGGGGGUUUCUUUGGUUUUAAAGUUCAGAGGAAUUGCCCCCAAAAAGUAAAACUCAGUCCAAACCAUCAAGUUUACCCCAGCUUCCAGAGAAACAAUAGACUUCCUGUGAAGCCACAAACAACCCAUUGUACACAACGGUCAGGGAGCUCUGCCCAAGUCUUGAGUUUGUGAUAAACAUUUUACUCAGGGCUGUUAGGAUAUUGCCAUGUGAAAUCUUGUGGCAAGAGAAUUGUUAAUCUUUGUCUUCAUUCUGAAUGCCAGAGUGUUUGCCCUCUUGGCCCAGAUCUUGAACGUUGUCACUUUACCAGAGAGUUUUGGUUUCAGUUCUCUUUAGGUUUUCCUUUAAAGCUGUUUUCUUAUUUACACUGGCCCACUGCAGCUGUCUUGGGUCUGAUUGAGAAGCCCACUGAUAAUCUACAGCCAUUGGGUUCUACCAUCCAAAUUCCUUCUUGAGGACUCCUUAAAUUCUAUGGAUUAUGACUCUGAAAUGUAAUGACUCCGAAAUGUCCAUUAUGUACUGUAUCAAAACCUGCUUAGGGGCAUGUUUUAUGCAAGGACUAUUGACUCAGGAGGCCCUGUCGAUUCUCAACGAGUCUUUCUCGUUAGCCUUUUGGUGCUGUUGUUUCUGCUCUUCAUUAAUUUCAUUCUUUGUGGAGUUUGGCUACAAAGAAAUUGCGGCAAAUGGGGCUGGAUCCUGCCAGAUACCUAUUGAUUUUGACAGACAUUUCAUCCCUGGGGGACUGAAAGAAUCAGAACCAGACUCAGCUGCUUUGUCCUGCAGAUCCUGGUAUUAAAGUUGAAAGGAUCAUUAUUUAAAGGAAGAAGAGAAAGUAGCUGCUCCUAUUCUGAGACUUCUGGUUUGAUUGCCAAAUGAAUUUACCCUUAAAUUGCCCUACAAGGCAUUACAAAGUGGGGUUUAAAAUGGAAAUUCCACUGGACAUCUAGCAGACUCUCAUGUCACUAUAAUUUUUUUUGGUAAUUGCUUUUGAUCCCUUGAUAACACUCUAAUUUUUUCAAUGCCUACCAUCUCUUGGGAAAUAUCCUGUGAACAUUUUAAAGAACUAUUCUCUUCUCUGCCUAGCUGGCAUAGGGGACAACUGAAAGGGGCGUCAGGGAGCCUGUUCUAGCUUCCUGUGCAGCUCAGAUCAUUCUCCACCCUGGCACAAGGUAGAGCAUCCUUGAGGCUGCUCUAAACUCUGCCAGCUGGCAGUAGUGCCAAGAGACUAUAGCUAACACAUGAAAGCCAGCGUGCGCAUGCACUUGUAUCAGGCUGGGGAGUGUGGCAUAGGAGCACAGCAUUCCUGAGCUGCCCUAGGUAAGGGCUACCUGGUACCAUUGAAUUUUCAGCCCCUUUGCCGUACUGUGAAGCUCACCAGAGAAUCCGGCCCAUGGAUGAGUUUAACAUGUUCAAGCUCCUUGGUGCCUAUGACAGGAAUGUAGGAUCACUAGCAGUGCUGAUACAGGGAAAUCCAUCAAAGUAUAGCUAUUGCUGGAGCUGCAACAUGGAAGAAUGAACAGCAUAAGGAUUGCUGCACAUGUUGCACACAGCAUAAUGUCCAGUCUUGAGAUCAUUAGGAAUGGGCAGAUGUGGGGUGGUGGCAUAGGCGCUGACUGUGGGUGCUCCAGGGCUCUUGCACCCACUGAAAAAAUAGGAGGUGCUUAGCACCUGUAGGGCUGGAUUCAUCUUUUGUGGGUCCCAGUGCCUGGACCCUGAUUUCCUCUAUGCUCUUUCUCAAGGUCCCUUCCCACUCAGCCUCUUGCACCCUACCCCUCAUCCCUACUUAGUCUUUUCCUUCCCCUCUCUUCCCGAGGCCUGCCAGAGAGGGAGGAGGCACAGAGGAGCAUCACCCAGCAAAAUCAAAAAUCUGUACCUAUGGGAGGGGAUAUGACAUGCAGUCUCAUGAAAGUAACAAGGGGAGCUGUUGCUGCUUGUUGGUUCUUUAUGUGCACAAGAAUCAGUGAGAUUUAAAUCACAUCUAUCAAAAAAGCAGCCCAUUUUAGCCCACAUGGGCUGUAUAUUUCUACUCCCUCCCCACCGCACCCUGAACUUGUUUCUCUGAAUCCUCCUCGCUGAUUUUCUCUCUUCCUUUUGGAGACAGCAGAUAGCUGUGGCCUGAAGUCCUUAGUCAUUCUGAAAUUACCUUAAACCGGUGCUGUGUGGCUCUGUUAUAUUGACACCUACAAUAGUGAGUGGGAAGGUAUCAGACAGACAUAGUCUGUUGUUAUAUUUGCCUUUGCACAGAAGUAGAGCUGAAUUUCUGAACCCAUGUUUAUGUAUGUAACAGAAAACCCAUCCCAAACAUGGUUUAAUUGUACAUGGCGCUCAGAUGGUCACAUCAAGAUCUGAGCAGAUAUCAGAAGUGGUGCACGACUCUUCCCUGCAUGGAAUUCAAGUUCCCAAAAAAUGAGCAAGGUUUUAGAAUAGUGUGUUGCCAGGGUGGUAGUUGGAAUGAAUAUUGCUUUAGGAUAAAGGGCACAUCAUUUGGGGAGUGAAAUAUUAAUCAAACAAAGCGUUUUCACCUAACAUGUGUUGGAUCAAAUUCAGAAUGGGUGUAAUCAAGUGCAGAUUCUCUUGAUGAAGCUGCAUCUUGUUGCCCCAGUUCUAAAUUGGGCUCUUAGACUGGGGACUGAGGUUUGAAGGGCGUAUUUUAUCUCUGGCCAGGUCGACACUAGACGCCCCGGAGUCCAGUCCUGGGGACUCUGAGAGCACUUCAACGCCCAAUGGAAACUUCCAGUGAUGCGCCUUGCAGACUGGGCCCUUACUAAGAGGAGUGAUACAUUGCUGUCUACACUACUGCCUGGCUAUCUGUGUACACAGCACCUAGGUUCCUAAAGGUGCCUCAUAUUGUUUACAAAGCUCCCCAGGAGGUUAGGUGCCUGACUCCCAUUGAAAAUGGACCAGUGAGGUGCCUAAAUCCCUGUAAAUCUGGCCUGUCUCCACUUGAAUAUAAUCUGAACCCCUUUUUGGUUGAAAGUCAUUGAAUUCCUUCAGCACAUCUUUCAAAUCCUGCUGGCCACGGCCAGGCCCCAACAUCUAGAUUUGCCCACUUCAAAAGCAGUUUCCGGAGCCUUUUCAUUGACUUCAGUGGGAGCAGCAGGGCCUCGGUGUCUCUGUGGAUCGAGCCAGUUCCCACGACCGUUCAGAAAUGUCAGGCCAUUUUGAACUUUCUUUUUCUGAUGCAAAUGUAUUCCUGGCAGCUAAAAACUCAUGUGCCAAUAGAGACAAACAUGGCAGUCAAUAGAAAUACAUGCAAUGUCUAUAGUUUUCAGAAAGGCAGGAAGUUAAUUUUUGCCAGGGCUGCAGAGGGCACUUGUGGGGCAGAGGGAAGCAGGAUGUGGGGUUCCAUUUCCUGUG